AUGCCAAGGCUUACUGACGAUGUCGACUACGAUGAAACGUCUGGGAAUGUACUAAGUCAAUCCUCCGACGCUUGUAACUCUCAUGGAUACCAGUUGCGUCCCUCAGGUUUUAUGUGCGGUGAUGCUGUUUAUGACAAAGACGGAAUUGGAGCACUGGCUGUAAUGACAGAACUCGUUAAUCAUGUAUAUGGCAACGGAUUGACUUUGCACCAAAAGCUAGAUGAGAUUUUUGCACGAUUAGCUGAUUAA